AUGCUGAUCAAAGUGAAGAUGCUGACAAGAAAGGAAAUUGAGAUCGACAUUGAACCCACAGACAAGGUGGAAUGGAUCAAAGAGUGGGUGGAAGAGAAAGAAGGAAUUCCCCCACAGGAGCGGCGACUCAUCUACAGAGGCAAACAGAUGAACGACAAGAAGACAGUUGCUGAUUACAAGAUUCAAGGUGGCUCAGUACUCCAUUUGGUGUUGGCUCUCCGUGGGGGAGGUGGCUUUGGGUGGUGA